AUGUCUUUGACACAAUCAGCAAAACUGCAUAUAAUUCACCAGAGUAUCGGAAAAAUAACCACAAGAUUAUAUGACACUUCACCAUUUCACGGGGACUCGCAUUGUAAACAACGUAGAGUUAAAGACAAUUGUAUUCAAUUCAAUAUGAAUAUAUCCAAUGUUCUCAAAUGCUACUCGGAAAUUGAAUCAUUCUCGAUAAACCAGAGAAUACGAAGAUCGAUCUCUCUAUUCCUCUCGAUUCUCCGUUCUUUCUAUUCCAUGAGGAUGAGGCUUUUGGAUCUGUUCAUAACCUCAUCGAUACCAGUUGCGAAGAUUCUGUUGAUAACAGGAAUUGGAUUUUACUUGGCUCUUGAUCAAGUUAACAUUCUCAAUCACGAUGCAAGAAAACAACUCAACAAUAUAGUUUUCUAUGUGUUUAGUCCUUCUCUUGUUGCAAGCAGUUUAUCUGAGACUAUUACAUACGAAAGCAUGGUGAAAAUGUGGUUCAUGCCACUUAAUGUUUUGCUAACAUUCAUCAUUGGUUCGUUUUUGGGUUGGAUUGUUAUCAAAAUCACUAAACCUCCUUCGCAUCUCCGUGGCAUCAUCGUUGGUUGUUGUGCUGCUGGGAAUUUGGGGAAUAUGCCACUCAUUAUCAUCCCAGCUAUAUGUAAUGAAAAGGGAAGUCCUUUUGGAGAUCCUGAGUCUUGUGAGAAAUUUGGACUUGGUUAUAUUGCACUCUCUAUGGCGAUUGGAGCCAUUUACAUAUGGACUUAUGUAUACAAUCUUAUGCGGAUGCUAGCAAAUCCUGCUGGAGAAACCGCAAUAAACAGUACCUCGUCUACAAUGCCACUGAUUUCUCCCAAAGUCGAAGUUGCGGAACAGGUUGGGACUUGGGGCAAGGUCAAACAAAGAGUGUGCUCUGUAGCAGAGAAAAUCAAUCUACGAACAAUAUUUGCUCCUUCAACUAUUGCAGCGCUUAUCGCGCUUGCGGUUGGGUUAAAUCCUUUACUACGGAAGCUACUAGUCGGUAACACAGCUCCACUUCGAGUGAUUGAGGACUCAGUAUCUCUAUUGGGGGACGGGGCGAUUCCUGUUCUGACUCUGAUUGUUGGAGGAAACCUUCUCAAUGGUCUGAGAGGUUCAGGAAUAAACAAGUCAGUCAUAAUGGGUGUGGUGGUUGUGCGUUACUUGUUGCUGCCAAUAUUAGGAGUUUUCAUAGUACGAGGAGCGCAUUACUUGGGUUUGGUUACAUCCGAACCGCUUUACCAGUUUGUUCUUCUGCUUCAGUAUGUCGUUCCCCCAGCGAUGAAUCUUGGUACAAUCACUCAACUAUUCGGAUCAGGAGAAAGUGAAUGCUCUGUGAUUCUAUUCUGGAGUUAUGCCUUGGCUUCAGUUUCUCUCACUGUCUGGCCAACAUUCUUCAUGUGGCUCGUAGCCUGAACAUCCACACACACACACUUACACAAAUGGGAAACAGUUGCAAAUCUUGCUACUUUGAAAUAUUAGAGAAACU